UAUGUAUCGAUAGAUAUAUUCCAUUCAGUUACGUCCUCCAUGCAACUGAAGGUAUUCUGUAUUGUUUCUCUCUUUUUUAUGGCUGCUGAAAGUAUGUUUUUAAUCUGAAAACAACAAAUAUCCCCCAAAAGUAUUUUGAACUGGACUUUAUCAAAAUUAGCACACUCCCAAUGUUCACAUCUAGACAUACAAUUUCAGAGAACUUGUAAUACAAAUAGUAAUGUUCUGAGUGUGGGAAGUUUUGUGGUUCUAAAAUUGCAUUACUUGAGCAAGUUAAGUCAGGAGUAAGUAAGUCAGCGGGGGCGCCCUUGUGCAAGCUUUAAUACACCUGCUCAACCCAGGUGAGGCUGCACUGUCUGUGUGAAGAGAAAACGUCUAAAGCAUUCUUCCACACCAUUUACCAAGUGUUCUUCUCUCUUGCAUGGCACACAACUUUAGCAUCAAAGGCACACACAUACACACACACACUUUCCCAUGGGAACCAAAUUGUGCGCCUUCCACUAUCUACACACACACACACACACACACAGAAGGUCACAAUUUGUCCCUCACAUGUUUAAUUUGCUAUAUAUAAUUUUGCUCUCUUUCAACCUUUCUUCGCACACACACACACACACACACACACCCCCACACACACAUACACACAAACACACCCACAUGGGCUACAGUUGCAUCACUGGUGAAUUAUCAUGCCGUUCCGCGUUAUUAAACAUGACACUCGGCCCAGAUAAUGGAGCCUUUCUUCAUCUCAAUUUGGAAGGCUAAUCUUAUUGCUUUGAUUAGCAGCAGCUUCAUUUGCAUAUCAAGGCCUCCCCGCCUUUAAUUCCUCCAUUGCAAAUCAAAUCCCUUCUCUAUAGCCAUAGAUAAAAGGAAUCUAUCUAUAUGUAUCUUUCUUUAGAAUCUUUUCUUCCUCCCCCUCUCUUUUGUUCUUCAUUUACUCCUUGUUCACUUGUUCAUUUGUCCACAUUCUUGUUUUUUAUGUGUUUGUUUUUUUCCGCAGUGAUCGGUUGUCGCCAUUCUCCCCCCCCCCCCCCCCCCCCCUCGUCUUCACACAUACAUCAAAAGAUGUCUAUAUGGGAGAGAGAGUGGCGAGAGUGAAGCAUGACUUCAUCCAGACGGGGUGUGAGGCCGUCCUGGUUACUUAUUGUCAUGUGGGAUUUCAAUGACAGCCCACUAUUAAAGAGUAACCACCAGUUUACAGCAGCGACAAUAAACCUCAACCGCUGCACUUUGCCCACCAUUCAGUGGGUGAUUGUAAUUUUUUUUUUCAUAUGCAUGGUUUUCGGGAGAAUGGAGUCCCUCAAUUCAUCACGAUACAGACGAUAUAGAUAAGAAUGUACAUGUGCUGCUGCUGCUCUGUAUUAAAGGAAAAGGUUGUAACCCCAGCUGGUGACCGUCUUAUACUGGAAAAGUCAGUUGCGCAUUAGUGCAUUAAUAUAUUUCAUGGAGUUUUCUAUGGGGCCGAUUUGGGCAGUUGAAUUAAAAACUCAAACCACGCACGGACGGAAAAAUGAAGGUGCCAUCUGGAACCGAAAAUGGUUCUUCAGAGUGAUGCCAUAGAAGAACCAUUUCUGGUUCCACAAAAACCUUUAAAACUAUGGUUCUUUAAAGAACCAUUUCAUUAAAUAGUUCUUCCAAUAACCUAUAAAGGUACCUCAAAGAACCUUAAAAAAAUGCUUCUUGAAGGCACCAUUUCUGGUUCCACAAAGAACCUUUAAAACCAGGGUUCUUUAAAGAACCAUUUCCUUAAAGAGUUCUUCCAAUAACCUAUAAUGGUGCCUCACAAAAUGGUUCUUCAGAAGGUGAUGGUUCCACAAAGCCUUUUAAAGAACCAUUUAAGAUCCAUUAUUGUUCUGUGUGCAAUUUUUCCUCUCAGCCGGAGCUCUCGGCCACUUCUCAGCAAUGCGGGUGAUAUUUGAGGCUGCAUAAAACUUAAAGUCUCUCUAACAUCAAACAAUGGCAUCAAUUAAUACGAUAUAAUGAUGAUAGUGAUUUGCAAGUUCAGAAAAGUAAAAAAACAACAACAGGGAAAAAAAGAAAAAUAUGAAGCUAAACACAGCCCAUUAAAAGUCUGAACUAAUAUUAUGCAUGUAUUCAAUUGCUAUGCUUUAAAAGAAAUAUAUAUAUAUAUAUAAAUACAUUUUCAUGUGGUUUCAGUCACUUUUGAUGCAUGUGUCUUAAUUGCACAAGCUGCUGGUGUCAUGUGUCAUUUAUGAGGUUCAUCCAUAAUGAUUCUGCUCUCUAAAGGCGUCAUCUUUAUGGAAGUUUAUUUUGUUUACAACAACAAGAUACGAGAGAAAGGAAAUAAUGAAAAAAGAAAAACACAAGCUUGAAGUAGAAGAAAUGUGCAUAACAAGUUCAGACAAGAGUGUGUAUGUGGGGCGGAAAAGGCCGCAUGGUGGAGAACAUUCUGAAAGGUCAAAUGAAGGAGGUCAAACUGAGCCCAGUGUUGCACAACAAUAUUACCCCAGCUGUAAAAAAAAGAAGUACAGAAGUGGUAAGGAUGGCACGUUAAACAUGCUAAAGGUGUUUUACAUUGUUCUCACUGCAUUACUGCACUUCAAGCACACUGACCUCUCUUGAGAGAGAGAGCGAGAGACAGUAAACAAAAGAGAGAGAGAGAUAGUGUGUUGUCUUUUAUAGGAUGUUGGCCAAUAAGAUGUUUUUAUGGAUCAAUGUGGGGCUCCAAGGCCAUGUUGGCUUUUCACGCUUUAGAAAACACCGUUAACAGAAUUACAGGAUAAAUGUCGCUGCGGCCGGGAAACGUCCAUUAAGGCGACGACACGACCGGAGCACCUCGGGCUUUCAAUUCCAACAAAGUGCGAAUGGGCAAAAAAAAGAAAAAAAGCUCUUCGAUGCGGCACUUAACUUCGAUCCACCACACAAUGGCCGCCACUUUCACACCCCGCCGUGCGCCAGGGGUUUUUUCUUCCCCCUUUAAAGGAACGAUUUAAGGAACGCCAGUGCUGCUGCAUCUACUGUCUCACUUGUUAUGAGGAGCGAGUAGUAUCAUUCCAGUAAUUCUGGGAUGGGUUUCAGCUAAUUAUGUAUAAAAAAAUACUCGAGCUUGAAUGACGUCUGACACCCUUUUUCUGCUCCAUCGGUUUUAUUACAUCGUCACGAAUUCAUACACCCGAAUUACAUGUCCAUGCAAAACACUACGAGACUACAACUCAAAGUAAAAAAUGUAUACAUAUAGUUUAAUCUGAUAAAACACACACAUUACACUUGAACACACACACUUACAGUACCCUGUUUACAGCACUGUUAUCUGUUUGUGCACUUUAUUUUAUCUUAUAACAUUGUAAAUGUUAUGUCUAACACACAUAGCAAAUAAGUGUUUCUGAUUCUGAUAAAACAUCCCCAACGUCUUCAUUCUCUUCGAAACGUGGAAUAUUGUUUAUCUCACCGGGUUUUAAAAGUCUCAAUGUAACUGUAUAACAAUUCAUAACGAUUUACUCGCCUGCGAAGACUCGAAGACACUUGUUGGUCUAAAGGCUACAGACAACCCAUAAUGCAACACUCUCCGUUCAAGAAAAAAUAUCUGACGUUGUGAGUCAAAUGUUUUAAUUUUUAAAUUUUAUUUCCGGGAAAACAAAUAUCGUCUUGUUUUUUCGGGGUGACGCAUUAGGAGAAAAUACAGAAGAGGAAAAAAUAUAAUAAAGAUCAUGGAUGUGUGAUUAGAAGUGGUAGUAUGUGCGUCCCUCCCUCUGCAGAGUACACAGUGCAGUAUACGUGUUGAUCAGGCCAGUAGAAAUUAUUCUUGUCAGGAAUAAUAUAUCUUCUCUGUGUCAGUUGCAGUGCAAUAAAUCACAUCAAAAAUAUCACAUAAAAAAAAAAUAUCAAAAAGAUUACAUGGAAUACAUAUCACCUGUAUAGCCGAAGCCUGAUUCAUCCCCUGUGCCAGAGAGAUAUAAAACAAAUAUCCCUACAUUUGGCGACAUUUUCCUUUCUCGCCAUGAACGCUGCAGUUUACUCAAGUUUUUAUCCAAAAUAACUGAAUCCGCCACACACGGUCCUCAACAGAUGCUCCGUCUCGAGUGACGUUGGCUGAGAGCUAUAUUGCCCACCUGUUUUUGGGAAAUUCCACUUCAAGAAAAUAACAGUGUGUAUUAAAAGAUUCAUGUCUUUGGAAGGAACAAAUGGGCCCGAGUGCCACAGACGGAGCAGACUUUAGUGUUUCGGCCUUUUCAAGGUUUUUUUUGGUCAACAACGAUUAAAACAAACAGAAUGUAAUUCCGGCGAUAUCUUUCAAACACUAUAUUUAGCCACAUACACUUGAAUAAUAAAGGUUUUGAAACACGGGGCUACAGGAUUCCUUAAUAAUGCAGGACCCAGUUUUACUUUUAUACGGAUGCAAAUUUUCCCAAUUUUUUUUUUUUACAAUUGAUCGAAUAAAAAUAUAUAAGAUUGGGUAUGGGUCAAGUUUAUAUUUUCAAGCCAUGUCUGUAUCUCCUUACACCAACGUACACAUUCUAAAGUGCUGACAUGACUCCAGAUACCAGUGGAACCGGUCCAUCAGGUCUUUUAAAUGCCUCUGAAUGAAGACUUUGAACACAUCGUUCACAAUGUCGGUUUAUAAACUACUUCAAAGAAAGAGAUUACAUUUUCGAACAAAGCCUUUUUUAUAUAUGUAUUUCAUUUCGGUCUCCUGGCAGUAAAAGCGGAGGCCGCAACCAUAAAGCCAGAGGUGGGGAGUUCAUUGACCGGGAGGUGAGCUGCUGGUGAGCAGUCAGCGCUUUACUCGCUGCUCGGGGAGCUCCAUAAACGGCCGUUAACGCCGGUUAUUGCUCUCUCCCUCGCAGCCCAUUGUAGUCCUCAUAUUCAGGCUAUUGCCCUCUUGUGUCAUCACAGGAGGGCGGUGGCGAGAGACGAGGUGGGGUAUAUAAACAGGGAAGAGCCUCGGUCCCACGCACCUCGCUUUUCCCCUCCUCAGCUUGCCUCAGCAUCUCUCCAACGCCGUCAGCAUGGCCUUCGCCGGAAAAUGGGAAACCGAGACCCAGGAGGGUUACGACGCUUUCUGCAAGCUGCUGGGUAUCCCCGAUGACGUCAUCGAGAAGGGCCGCGACUACAAGCUGAUCACGGAGGUCACCCAGGACGGGAAUAACUUCUCCUGGACCCAGACCUACCCCGCCAACACCAAGGUCUCCAACGAGUUCACCAUCGACAAGGAGUGUGACAUGGAGACCGUCGGAGGAAAGAAGUUCAAGGCCACCGUGCACAUGGAGGGAGGCAAGCUGAGCGUGGCCUUCCCCAAAUACGAACACACCUCGGAGGUCAGCGGAGGCAAGCUCAUCGAGAUAUCCAAAGCCGGCUCCGUAGUGCUGACGAGGACAAGCAAGAAGAUCUAGAAGAAGAAUAGAAUAGAAUAGAAAUAUACUUUAUUAAUCCCCAAGGGGAAAUUUGUCGAGCCAGUAGCAGCAACACAAGAAUAAAAAAUAAAAAUAAAAAUAAAAUAAAAAACACAAAAAGGUCAGUUAGCUGGCUAACUGACCUUUGACCUCUUGAACAGUUACAAUGGAGAGCUCAGCUACUACUGCAACGAACAAACAAUAAAUGCAAGAAUUUGAUACAAACAUGA